AUGGCUACGUCUUUGCAAAAACAUACAUCUGAUUUUAAACCACCGCCAGGACAUGGCAAAAUAGCAUGCCAUCUCCCAUCUGGAACUAGAAAACCAGCCUUUUCCACUUUUCGUGCCUCUUAUCCAUUAAAAUUUCUGACUCCAAAAGUGCAUAUACCUUAUCUAGCUGCUGUAUACUUUCUUUCUUAUGGAGGUGGCAUGGUAUCCGGGGAUUCGAUUUGUAUUGAUAUUGAAACUUUUCAGAAUGUCAAUUUGAUGCUCUUGACUCAGGGCUCAACCAAGAUUUACAAACAACGAGCGCAAAAAGAGAGCAUUCAUGAUAGUAGUGAGUGUUUGCAGGCUGAACCAAAAAACCUUUCUUCUGUCACGCGUCAAAGCCUCAAUGCAUAUGUACACGAAAGCUCUUUACUCCUUCAACUGCCUGAACCUACUACAUGCUUUCGUGAUGCAGAAUAUGUUCAGAGUCAAAUAUUCUCACUAGAGAAUGGCGCAUCUGUCGUCAUUUUAGACUGGUUCACAAGUGGCAGAAUGUCUCGAGGAGAACGUUGGGAAUUCGCACGUUAUGAGUCAGGUGUUAAUUUAUUAAUUGGCGGAAAAUUAGUUCUUCGCGAUGUUGUAUUAUUGCAGAAUGGUGAUUAUAAUAAUAAUUGUGCCUCUUUCAUGAAAAACAAAGAUGAGAAUAACAUUAAUAAUCUUAACCGUCGACUGGAACCCUAUGAAUGUUUUGCAACUUUGGUAAUAUAUGGACCAAAAGUGAUUUCAUUAACAAAUCAUAUUAUGGAUGAGUUCGAUAAAAUAGUGGUAGACAAGAUGGAUAAAAUUGCUGAUUUGAUUUGGUCAGCAUCUGCAUUGCGGAUAGAAGAGAAAACUAAUAGAGGGGUGGUAAUAAAGGUUGCUGGUGUUACAACAGAGAUUGUGAGGAGCUUUUUGGUUGGCGUGGCUUUAAAAGGGUUAAAUGAGAUAAUUGGAGAGAAUCUAUUUGAAAGAGCGUUAUAG